CACCGAGCAGAGAGGAGGGUAAACCCGACUUCCAGGCGCGAUGGAUGGUAUUCUGCUGCGCUAAGGUUUGCAGUCCGAGGGCGGAGAGGUGACCGCCAGCCAGGAGGGGAUCCCGGACCCCGGGGACUUACAGAGAGGGGUGUCAUUUCCAACUCUGACACUUACACCAGGGAGGGUUGACGCGGUGGAGCUGCCAUCGUUACCAAAUGGAUGCUUGCGCGUGAGGAGCAUACUAAUGACCGGCGCGCUGCGUCCUGCUGCCGAGCUGGUGCUGAUGCUGAUGCUGAUGCUGGUGCUGAUGCUGAGGUCACCUGAGGGGCCUGAGGAGAGAUCCCCUCUCCAUCCAUCCUGGAAUUAACAACCCCGAUCCUAAAAGAGCUUUUGUGUUCCCCAGAUCUGGAGAAGGGUGGAUAUAAUCCUCCCAAAAGCUGCAGAAAAGUGAUUCCCCUUUUUUUUUUUUUUUUUUUUUUUAAAUACCAAAAAUGGGCAACAGCUUCUCCAACAUCUCCGCCUUCCAGUCGCUGCACAUCGUCAUGCUGGGCUUGGACUCCGCCGGCAAGACCACGGUCCUGUACAGACUGAAAUUCAACGAGUUCGUCAACACGGUGCCCACCAUCGGCUUCAACACGGAGAAGAUCCGGCUGAGCAACGGCACGGCCAAGGGCAUCAGCUGCCACUUCUGGGACGUGGGCGGCCAGGAAAAGCUGCGGCCGCUCUGGAAGUCGUACAGCCGCUGCACGGACGGCAUCAUCUACGUGGUGGACUCGGUGGACGUGGACCGGCUGGAGGAGGCCAAGACCGAGCUGCACAAAGUCACCAAGUUCGCGGAGAACCAGGGCACGCCGCUGCUGGUCAUCGCCAACAAGCAGGACCUGCCGCGCUCGCUGCCCGUGGCGGACAUCGAGAAGCAGCUGGCGCUGCACGAGCUGACGCCGGCCACCGCCUACCACGUCCAGCCCGCCUGCGCCAUCAUCGGCGAGGGGCUGCACGAGGGCAUGGACAAGCUGUACGAGAUGAUAGUGAAGAGGAGGAAAUCCCUAAAGCAGAAGAAGAAGCGGUAACGACUCAGUGGCGUCAAUUCAGUCGAAGCUAAAGCUCUUCAACCUGUGAAGCUCUGCUGAACGACGCCCUGCAGGAUAUGAAAUAAAGAACAUUAUGUUAACCAAAUAUAUGAACAAAAAAUGCAAAUUAGACAGAGAAACGCAAGAGCUCAGGAGCAGAGUAAUAAACGGGCUGGCCCGUUCAUCUGCUGCUGCGGACCCUGAGCAAGCUGUGACUCAUGGACUCAGAUACGUUUUAUUUCCAUCCACAGGAUGUCUUUGUGGAAUCACAAGUUUAAUUUUGCACGUAGCAGGGGGGUCACUUGUGCCCUCAGCUCUUUUUCUUUCUUUUUUUUUCUUUUUUUUUUUACUGUUUGUUUCUUCAAACAGACAUCUGUAGUAUCAGUUGCUGAAUAUUAUGGGUGUCCUGCAGACUGACUUCUGGGAGCAUUGAAGUAGCCUUUCCUCUGCAGGGUGGACAGAGGACAGUGUACACUACUUUGCACUUUUCAUUCGCUUAAAAACAAAACAAAACAGUAGGAACCUACACUGUAUUAAAGAAUGGAGCAGAUCCAGGUUGUUUAUGUACCAAGAAGCCAAAACCGAAGUAUUUUUUGAAUAUUAAAAGAUUUUA